CUGCAGAACCGAUGGAGAUGGGGAUCCGAGGAAGAGACCAUGACGAUCCGCGACGAAACUGUCCAUAGAAGCACUCACUGCACGGCUAUGAUCUCUUGUCUCCAUCAUAUGCAUCAUCAGCAUGCCUCUGCUUCCUAGCAAGGUUUUCCUGACUGGAAUGCCAGGAGUCGGCAAGACCACUUGCAUUCAAAAUGCCGUGGCCGUUUUGAAGGGCAAUCAGGACGAUUCUUCCGUCCAUCUGGCUGGAUUUUACACUCGAGAAUGCCGUGGCGACAAUGGACAACGAAUUGGAUUUGACAUUGUCGAAUACUCGUCGACAUCCACAAGAACGGUGCCAUUGGCACGCGUGGGGUCUACGAAACCCACCGUGGGAAAGUACUCGGUGCUGGUGGACAAUGUCCAAAAGCACAUGGUGGGGGCACUGCAACAAAGACAGCGAGAACCAGGCACUACUGCGAAACCAACUCUUGCCGUCUUGGACGAAGUCGGGAAAAUGGAACUCUUGUGCCCCGAAUUCUUUCCGGCAGUUUGGGAUCAUUUGAAUACUGCCGACGACGACACAGUCGUAACUCUUGGUACACUGCCACUGCCCAAGCGUCCCAUCCGUCAAGUAGAGAGAAUACUGGCACGAAAGGAUGUGCUGGUACUACUGGUCACUCAAGCGAAUCGAAAUCAAUUGACGCGAGAUUUGAGGGAAUACGUCAAGCUUCGGCUGUUGGACCGGCCUGCAUGUGAUGACGCAAAUCAGGUCAUAAUAGCAAAGAUGAUGUCGUACCAGUUUCAGAAAUCCAAUGACAGCGGCAAUGGCAACAACAGCAACAAAUACGCAGCUACAAGGACACUCCAUCCGGACAACAGCCAAAACUCUGGUGGUGAUCGAGCCACCAAAAGUGUGCAUGAUUCAACCGCUAGCAAGCAGCAAUCCGCAUCCAACAAAACCGACCACCAUUAUCCAACGGCACAGCCAUGCGGGCCACUUGUAUCCACCAAUAGACAACCCAAGGUCCUACUCUUGGGGGACACGGCCUCUCCCAUGCCCACAGAAACACCCAUUUUGGCCUACAGUGAACGCUCGAUGUGGACCGUGCUGGCCCAGGUAGUGCAUCAUGAUUGUCAUGAUGGCUCAUCGCCGGGAAAGUACGUGCUGCUCCGACAAGCCACGCUUGCCUAUGGGAUUGCCAUUUGGGAUGUACUUGCAAACGUGCACGAAAAGAAGAACAAUCACAACAACAAUCACAAGAGCAUAACUAGGGGACAACCACAAUCAAGAGAGACUCUCAACGAUAUACCUGCCUUUUUGAAGCAGUAUCCCUCCAUUGAAACGAUCUGUUUCAUUGGUGCCAAGGCUCACAAAAGCUUUCAAAAGUAUUAUCGAAAAGGACGUAGUAACUCGGCAACGACAACCACCACCAAGUUCACGCUCUCUCCGGAAAGGACAUUGGAUCUUGUCAUCUUGCCGAGCUCUAGUGAACGAAAUCACAUGCCGCUGGAAGAAAAGGUGGCGCAGUGGAAAGCAGUGUUGGAACGUUGUGGGUGUGGUGGGAUCAAGUAGCUGAUCAAUUGAGACAUGUUACGGUGCGUUCACAGGGUCCGCAUUUUUCUGAUCGGCGCCGAGGACGCACUUCGCUUCCGUGGUAUCCGCCACUUCUGAUGGUUGUGUGAAAAUUCCGCCUAAGACUCGACUACAGGAGGCAGAGCUUGCCAGCAAAGCUCUAAGUAUUUAGUUUAUGAAUAAACUUGUUCGGCAUCUUCUAUUGCAAGCACAAAUCGGAUAGUUAUUCUGUCG